AUGGCAUCAACAUGUUGCAUCUGUAUGGAGGAGCAAGACAGUAUAGAUCAUACUUUCUGGAAAUGUAAGUUCGGCAUUUCUAUAUGGAACUGGUUAAAUGAAAUUUUUGCUUUCAAAAAUCCAUCUUCUUUUGAAGAUAUUUACAAGGCUGCUAAAAAUAAAAGUCCUCUGGUAAAAGAAAUUUGGCUUACUGCUUCUUGUGAUACCUUAACAGAUUUAUGGUUCCAAAGAAAUGAGAAGUUAUUUGAAGAAAAGAAGCCUAAUAUCAAUAGAUUUAAAAGCAGAAUUUUUCAGCUAGUUUAUGAGGGUGGUUAUAGAACAACAGGUAACAGAUGGGGCCAAAACUAUGACAGUCAGAUUAUGUCUUUUUGCAUGCUUGGUGUUAGUAACAUUAAGUACAGUGGGAUUACAGAAUGCUACUGGAAGUCUCCAACAAGUGGGUAUACUCUCUUCUGUUGUGAUGGCUCAUCAUUUGGAAAUCCAGGCUCUGCAGGUUUUGGAAUUAUUGCAAGGGAUAAUGAAUGUCAGGUGAUAGGUACUCUAAUUGGUGGACUUGCUAUUACCACUAAUUUCAUAGCUGAGUUAUAUGCAAUCUUGUGUGCCUUGAAAUGGGCAGUGUGCUCGAACUGCAAAAAGGUAAUUGUUCAAUCUGAUUCCCUAACUGUAAUCAAUUUAUUUAAACAAGAAAAUGCGCCUUGGUUCAUUAGAUCAAGAUGGGUGAAAGUAUUACAAGGGUUUGAAGAUAUUCAGUUUUAUCAAGUUUUCAGAGAAGUCAAUUUUUUUGCUGACAGUUUAGACAAAAAAGGUGCAAGACUGAAUGCUGGUGAAAGAAUUGUACACAUGAGAAGACCUUCAUUUAUCAAAAGGAUUGAAAUGCCAGGAGUGGUUUAUCACAGAUUUCACUAA